AUGAAGACCUCUGCCGUAGCCGCCGCCGCCCUCGCCUGCGCCAGCAGCGCAUUCGCCCAGACUGGUCAAUACUUCAACCUGGUCGCUUCCGCACCAGGCUCGCCCAUCGACGGCGAGCCUCUCAAGCCCCUGGGUCGCUACUGGCACAUCGGCGUUGAGUCCAACUCCUCGUGCGGAGAUGCGACCCCAGCUGUGCACUUGAUCGAUGAGGCUAUGGCUGUUUACAACGACGGCACAUCACACCAACAAUUCGGAUUCGUCGACAUCUCUGGCGCAGCCGACGGCCUGCUGGCCCUGACCCCAGCCGGCUCACCCGGCGUGGCCCCCGCAGGGCCCUUUGCGCUGAUGGGCGCCGAGCAGAAUGAGAUCUACCUGUACUACGGCGGAGCCGAGGGCCUCGACAGCCAGUGGCUGGCCUGCCCCGACGUCGCCGAGGGCGAGUACUGGGUCUACCCGGAGGCGGCCUACGGCAAGGCGGUUGGCAAGGACGAGUGCACCGUCUUCCAGGUCAAGGCCCAGGAGAUCGAGCAUCCCACCGAGACCUGCAUCUUCUACUAG